AAAACAUUCCGUAACGCCCAAGGCGUUCAAAAUGUGCCUUAAACACCUUUUUGGUGUCACAAUAAUUUUAUAAUGCAGGGGAGAUUUUAGAAUUUAACUGGGAGAUCGCCCAAUUACACGGUGUUGUGCUCUGUGCUCUCAUAUCUCUCUACCCGUGCACUGAUAGUAACGCACAAAAGCGACACGAGAGGGUGGUAACGCAGCGCCAAGCCAGUGACGUGACGUCACUAGCACCACAGCACCAGUGUCAGUCUGAGAGAGUCCGCCGUGCUAUCAGCUGUGCGGUGUUGUGCUCUGUGCGCUGUGCUUUGUGCUCUCGUGUCUCGCACUGUCUGUCCCACUGGUAGGAACUCAUAACUAUGGAGGAGGGAGAGCAGGGGUCUCCACUAUUAGACCGCUCAGGACGCCUGGAAGAUUCUUACAUAGUUGGCGUUCUUAUAGGCAGGGGUUCCUAUUCUAUGGUCCACAAAUGCCUCCACAAGGGAAAAUCAGAGAGGGCCUGCAAAGUGUACAAAAAGGCGCACCUUCAGACAGGUCUGGUACCUUCCCAUGUCAACAUGCUGGUGAAACUGAGUCACCCUAACAUCAUGGCGAUCCAUGAUGUGUUUGAGACUGAUGUGGAGCUGCAGAUAGUCACCGAUCUGGCCAUGGGAGAGGAGCUGCUGGAGAGGAUAGAGAGGAGUGAGCACUACAGUGAGAGGGAAGCGUCACAAGCCGUCCACACGAUACUCUCAGCUCUGGAGUAUCUUCACAGCCAAGACCAGCCACAUGGGGCAGUGUUCCCGGAGAACCUGCUCUACCAGACUGAAGCUCCCAACGCCCAAACUGAAGCUGUCAGAGAUGCCCAUGCCCAAACUUUAGUCAGUUCUCCUACAACACCACAGAUAUACAACAGGAGUAAACUUAGUCAGUCUCCUACAACACCACAGAUAUACUCAGCUCCACAUUUUGACUCAGAACUGUCAACGACAGCGCUGAGAUGUUCGGCAGAUAUUUGGAGCCUGGGGAUACUCAUCUACAUCAUGCUGUGGGGGUCAGAGCCAACCUUGGAGGAGUUGAUGGCUCAGGUGGACAGGGAAUGUGAGGGUUUAUGGAGUGACGUCUCGGCCAGUGCUCGCCACCUCAUCACCAAGAUGCUGCAGGAGAACCCGUCUCGGCGACUGACGGCCGAGGAGGCCCUGAGACACCCUUGGGUCUGCGGCUCCACUGUCGCUACUCGACACAUGCUGGACGCUCAGGAGCGCCUCCGCACAUUCAAUGCUCGCAGGAAACUCAGGGCAACGACUCAUGCUAUCAUAGCCACGCAACGAGCCAUGAGCAUAGUCAAGCCCCUGAGAAACUGUCAAGCGAUCAGAUAAAUCCGUAACUGUCCACCUCCAUUU